AUGGACCACAAAAAAAAUAUUCGUAAUAUGUCUGUUAUUGCUCACGUUGACCAUGGUAAAUCAACGCUAACGGAUUCUCUGGUAUCGAAAGCAGGUAUUAUAGCGGGAGCAAAAGCGGGCGAAACACGUUUUACGGACACACGUAAGGAUGAGCAAGAACGUUGCAUUACUAUUAAAUCAACCGCAAUUUCUCUUUUUUUCGAAUUAGAGGAAAGAGAUCUUGCUUUCAUCAAAGGUGAGAGUCAAGUGGAAGUCAAUACUGUCGAUGGCGUGCAGAAGAAACUUCCUGGCUUUUUGAUCAAUCUUAUUGAUUCUCCUGGCCAUGUUGAUUUUUCUAGUGAAGUAACUGCUGCAUUGCGUGUCACUGAUGGGGCCUUGGUUGUUGUUGACUGUGUUUCCGGUAAGUUGCCAAGUAUCGGAGCUGUUUCAAGUUUAAAUAAUUGUAGCGAUAAUGCGUUUCAUACGUUUUUGCUUGGUUAUAAAUUUCAAAUACUGCCGAGAGUCUGUGUGCAAACGGAGACUGUCUUACGUCAAGCUAUUGCUGAACGUAUAAAGCCCGUUCUGUUCAUGAACAAGAUGGACCGUGCUCUGUUGGAGCUGCAACUUGGUGCUGAAGAGCUCUACCAAACAUUUCAGCGUAUCGUAGAGAAUAUUAACGUUAUUAUUGCUACAUAUGGUGAUGAUGAUGGACCAAUGGGACCAAUUAUGGUUGAUCCAGCUAUUGGUAACGUUGGCUUUGGUUCAGGUUUGCAUGGCUGGGCUUUCACGUUAAAACAGUUCGCUGAAUUUUACGCGGAGAAAUUUGGAGUUCAGGUUGAAAAGCUGAUGCGUAACCUCUGGGGUGAUCGUUUCUUUAACAUGAAGACUAAAAAGUGGACAUCAACGCAAGAUGCUGAUAGUAAGCGUGGUUUUGUGCAGUUCGUACUUGAUCCGAUCUUCAAAAUGUUUGAUGCCGUAAUGAACGUCAAAAAAGAAGAAACAGCAAAAUUAAUUGAUAAACUUGGCAUCAAACUUGCGAAUGAUGAGAAAGAUCUAGAAGGGAAACCACUAAUGAAGGUUAUGAUGCGUAAAUGGUUGCCAGCGGGCGAUACAAUGCUUCAAAUGAUUUGCAUGCAUUUGCCAUCACCUGUUACUGCUCAAAAAUAUCGAAUGGAAAUGUUGUACGAGGGACCACAUGAUGACGAAGCUGCCAUCGCGAUAAGGAAUUGUGACCCGAAUGGUCCGUUGAUGAUGUAUGUUUCAAAGAUGGUGCCGACAUCGGAUAAAGGGCGUUUUUAUGCUUUCGGGCGUGUCUUCUCUGGAAAGGUUUCAACUGGAAUGAAGGCGCGAAUUCAGGGGCCGAAUUAUGUGCCUGGAAAAAAAGAAGAUUUGUAUGAGAAAACCAUUCAACGUACAAUUCUGAUGAUGGGACGUUAUGUGGAACCAAUUGAGGAUAUUCCAUCUGGUAAUAUAGCUGGUCUUGUAGGCGUUGAUCAAUACCUUGUGAAGGGUGGUACAAUAACAACAUACAGAGAUGCCCAUAAUCUUCGUGUUAUGAAAUUUUCGGUAUCACCCGUUGUGCGUGUUGCUGUGGAACCAAAGAAUGCUGGCGAUUUACCGAAACUGGUUGAAGGUCUGAAACGUUUAGCGAAAUCCGAUCCUAUGGUUCAAUGCAUAUUCGAGGAAUCAGGCGAGCAUAUUAUUGCUGGUGCCGGAGAACUUCAUUUGGAAAUUUGCUUGAAAGAUUUAGAAGAGGAUCACGCUUGUAUACCAAUUAAAAAGUCUGAUCCGGUUGUUUCAUAUCGUGAGACUGUGACUGAAGAAUCAGACCAACUGUGCCUUUCAAAAUCGCCUAACAAACAUAACCGUUUGUUCGCCAAGGCUGUGCCAAUGCCUGAUGGACUAGCGGAUGACAUCGAUAAGGGUGAAAUUAAUGCCCGUGAUGAAAUGAAAGCACGCGCUAAAAUUUUGGCUGAAAAAUAUGAAUAUGAUGUCACUGAAGCAAGGAAAAUUUGGUGUUUUGGUCCCGAUGGUACUGGUGCAAAUAUUUUGGUUGAUGUCACGAAAGGUGUGCAAUAUUUAAACGAAAUUAAGGAUUCAGUUGUGGCUGGUUUUCAGUGGGCUACAAAGGAAGGUGUUCUAUGUGACGAAAAUAUGCGUGGUGUUCGCUUCAAUAUACAUGAUGUAACAUUGCAUGCAGAUGCAAUUCAUAGGGGUGGUGGCCAGAUCAUUCCAACCGCUCGUCGUGUUUUCUAUGCAUCUGUAUUAACCGCUCAACCACGUUUACUAGAACCUGUUUAUCUCGUAGAAAUCCAAUGUCCUGAAAAUGCUGUAGGAGGUAUUUAUGGAGUUCUCAAUCGACGUCGUGGCCAUGUUUUUGAAGAAUCACAAGUAGCUGGUACUCCAAUGUUUAUUGUUAAGGCGUAUUUACCUGUCAAUGAGUCUUUCGGUUUUACGGCUGAUUUGCGUUCUAAUACGGGCGGCCAAGCAUUUCCGCAGUGUGUUUUUGAUCAUUGGCAAGUACUGCAGGGUAAUCCGCUGGAACCAAGCACAAAACCGGCUCAAAUUGUAGCUGAAAUUCGUAAACGUAAGGGUUUGAAGGAACAAAUACCUGGCUUGGAUAACUUCUUGGAUAAAAUUUAUGCUUAUCUAUUUGUCAAGAAUGAAUUUACUCAAAAAGAGCGGACAUUUUGUGUUAAUUACGAGCAAUGGCGAACGCAACAGAUAGCAAAGGAUGUUAAAGAUGCCGAGGUGUUACGGCUUGGUUGGUGGGGUGGAAUUGUUAACAAUACUAAUGUUUGCAAUGAAGGUAAAUCAGUCUUACUAGAGAAAAAAGCAGUAGCAUUGAAUUAUCGCCUGAAAAUUGAAGAUGGACAUUGUGCAAUUUCGUUUUUUAUGAAGAAUAUUAGCUUCAGGAAAGCCUUACAAUAUGAAGUAGACCAGUUGGCUUCAAAACAUGCCAGUGCUGCUAUUAUGCUUGUUGAUAAAGGUCAUAAAUAUUUCAGCAAAUGGGCAGAUUAUUUGUUUUCCGAAUUUUACGAUCCAGAUUUUAAUCAAUCCAUUAAACUGCCGACAUUUUUCAUGUACAGGACUACGUUCUUUGACGAAAUGCUGAAAUUGAGUAAUGAUAGAAGUGGAAAAGAAUUAUUACUGCAGUUCUAUAGACCGUUGAAUUCUCGGUGGGAUAUAUCCAUGUUAGUUAUUUGGUUCAUAGCUGUAUUUUGUGUUACAGUAGGUGGAUAUUGGGCAGCUCUCCGAAAAAUAAAUGAAGAGACUAGUACUUCUCGACAGACUCUGACUACUGAAAGCCAUGUACAAAAAUCAAGAAAUUGGUUAAAUGAUAAACAAACGACAACUUCAGCAAAUUGCUUAUUUAUUAUCAUUGUGAUGGCAAUUGUUAUUGGUAUUUUAAUGCUUGGUUUCUAUUUUCGUGGUGUUAUGGGUGAGUAA